AGGAAUCUUUGGCAUGUAAUUAUCGCCAUUGGCUGGCCGGAAUUUUUCUUACAUGCCAAAGGAACUGUCUUUUCUUACUGGGGGUGUAGCAUUCCAGCAUAUAUUAACGUUUUCCAAGAGCAACAUCCGGAUGUAGCAUCCUAUAGAAAACAUGGGUCGACUUGAAUAGCCACUUUCCCCGGCCUAUCCUACAGAAGAAAAAGAGAUAAAGAGGCUGAUAGCUGAGGAGCUUUAAAAGCUCAAUUUGUGUAAGGAAGAGGCAGGAACUGAAGCACAAUUUUACCUGAACACAACAUCCUCUAUUAAAAACCAAGAAAUUUAACAUCCUUAUGAAGAAUGGAGAUAAUAGUAGUGACAAAUUCUUCCAUUUAAGGAAGUCUGCAAAUGCAGCAGCUACAAGAGAAAGAGGAGGGGUAAACGAGGCUCCAAUUACAGGAACAGGCCCUCCCUGCCAAGCCGUCACUGCCGGCAGCCGCCCUUCCUGGCUUUGCAAAAAAAUCAGUUCAUCCAAUCUUUUUCGGCAGCUGCCCUGCAGGCGCAAAGGAAGAAGCCUGGAAUCUCCCAUUUUCUUUUGUCUCAUGGAAUAUGCCAGCUCACCAAUUUUGGGGCCCUACUGCUGCUUCAUGAAAGACAUCUAUUAGCCUGAACUAGGCCAGGCUAAUUAAGGCAGCUGCCAACAGCACUAUUGUUGAUAUAUAGCCAGGGCCCUUUGUCUCCAAUCCAUCCAAAGCAAUGUCAGUGGCAAUAGCAUAGUCAGCCUUAAAUGUGUGCUGCCACCACCUGAGAUUCCAGGCUAUGUUUCCACAGCCCCUUGUUCCUUUAGGGACAAGAGCUAAAGAGAUGGGGAUGUCUUCAAUGCAUCGGAUUACCUUGUCUGCCAAGAAUCGUUCUCGUGGUACUGGUAACACUAUGCUGCUGCCUUCCAUGUUGAUGUUUGGUGUAAUUGUGGCAUCUAGUGGCUUACUCCUCAUGAUUGAGAAGGGAAUUUUGGCUGAGAUGAAGCCUCCACCCCUCCACCCCUCUACUAAAGAACUGUUUUGGAGAAGAACUGGCAGAACAACAGGAGAUACGGAUUAUCAAGUGCUGCAGGAUAUCCGAAAUAGGACAAUCCAUACCAUUUGCAGACAAAAAAACAUGCCUCGUACCAUUUGGGAUCUAUCAGCAGGCCAGAGAAGGACAGUGCUCAAACAUAUCCUGGUUAGUGACAAACAUCGCUUUUUAUAUUGUUAUGUUCCCAAAGUGGCUUGCUCCAACUGGAAACGAAUUUUGAAAGUUUUAGAUGGUGUGUUGGAGAAUAUAGAUGUUAAAGUUAAAAUGGAUCACAAAAAAGAUUUAAUUUUUUUAAAUGACAUGAAAUCAGAUGAGAUUCGAUAUCGAUUAAACCACUACUUCAAAUUUGUGUUUGUCAGAGACCCAAUGGAAAGACUUUUGUCUGCUUAUAGGAAUAAAUUUGGUGAGAUUAAAGAAUAUCAGUUAAAAUACGGUAUAGAAAUAGUCAAAAGGUAUAGGAAAAACCCUGGAAAAAGCAAGGGGGAUGAUGUCACCUUUUCUGAAUUUCUCCGGUAUCUCUUAGAUGAAGAAACAGAAAAAAUGAAUGAACAUUGGAUGCCAAUUUACAACCUGUGUCAACCCUGUGCUGUAAAGUAUGAUUUCAUAGGAUCCUAUGGGAGACUUGAAGAAGAUGCCAAUUUUGUUCUUGAAAGGGUACAAGCACCAUCCUUUAUACAUUUCCCAGAAAGGCAAGCAUGGUAUAAGCCUAUAAGUCCAGAAACUUUGCAUUAUUACAUGUGUAAUACUCCAAGAGAACUUAUAAAAGAACUAUUACCAAAAUAUAUUCUGGAUUUCUCUUUAUUUGCAUAUUCUCUUCCAAAUGUUACUAGUCAGUUUUGCCAACAAUGAAAGUUUCUUUUGUGAAACCAAUUGUGUAUCCUAUGCAAUUUUUCUAAUUUUAUGGUUUCCUUUUAAUACUUUUGAUACAUUAUUAGUUUCCUAUACGUGCUAUUUUUUAAAACUUUAAAUUUUAUACUACAUAUCUAUAUCUAUAUAUAGAUAGAUAUAUAUAGAUAUACAUACACCCAUAUCUAAUACAUACACUAUUGAACUAAGCACAGUAUGUUUAUUUGAACAGUUACAUUAGAAACAAGGCAUUUUUGUAAAUAAUUGUGAAAUGGCAACCAUAGGGCAGUAAAGUAAAAGAGCAGGAAGUACAAAAACUAGGCUUGUACAGAGGGCUCAGAAAAACCUGAUGAGUGAGUUUCACUUUCACUGAUACAAAUGUGAAGGUAGCAGUUUCAUACAAUAUUGCAUUAAAAUAGUGACAUAGGAUUUUAAGAUGGCUAAUGUAGUUAUUAAGGCAGAUAGCAGCCUUAUAGUAUUUUCUGAAAGCAAGUCACAUCCUGUUUAUUAGAUAUGCUUCCAUAUAACAAGCAGAUCAGGAUUUAAAUUAAAUACAAUUUACAUAAUGGCUCAAAAUAUUUAUCAACACUUGUCUGAGCACUGAAAUAUAGAAAAGGACAUUAAUAUAGCUGGUUGAAAUGAUCAGCAAAAUUUGAUUAUUUAAAAUGCAGAAUACUGUUUUCACAAUGUUUUGAAGGGAAGGGUAGGAAAGGUAAAGGCAUGAGUUUAUAUAUGCAAUUCAAAUAAUGUGUAGCUAUAUGUACUUUAGAUUGCCAUAAUGGACGUUGUAUUUUUCUUACUGUGAUAGUUUUGUAGACUACCAUGACACUUUUUAUUUCCUUAUUGAAUGUAAACUUGGUGUGCUUUAUUUGUGAAAGAAAAAUUGUAAUCUUAUUUCAGGAUUUACUUCUGAUAAACUGUUACAAUUUUGUUAGCAGCCUAAUUUUUCAGAUCAUUUGUUAAAUUCUGAUUAUUUACCUAAAUCCUUGAUUGUUUAUAACAUCAGCAUAAUCAUUUCAUUCCCUAGAAAGGUAAAGCAAUUUAUUUUUGCACAUGAGGUUGCACACUGGUCAUGUGUAUCACAUGAACUACAUUUGCCAGAAAAACAAGACUAUUGUCAGAUACAACAGUUAGAGGAUACUCGUAUAAUACUCAAUAUUUUGUGGAUGGAGUGGAAACUCCCAUCUUUUGCUUCAAGCAAGAAAAAGUCUAAAAUUAACAAACUCAAUAGCUUUAAUUUUCAGAUGGUCAUACUUUUUUUAAAAAAAAAUGUGUAAUUAUUUACUUGGAUAUUGUAUUUUGCCCUUUACUGUGCAUUUUGAAGUAAAAAUAAAAACCCACCAUUAUAAUUUGAAAGGAGAUUCUUCCAAUCUUUUAUCUUUGUUCAAUUAGUUUAGAUACUGUGAUUAGAAAUUAAAUAAACUAUGUGGUGAAAUGGGUGUGGAAUAUGCCUAGUUCACUGAAUCAUUGCUGGUCAAUAGCAUAGGCCCACCCAUGUCUGAAAUCCUUGCGAAAAAUGUUUUAUCUACUAUCCAUGCACAAUUGAAAAAAAGGUCAUUUGAUCCUGCAAGAUCUGUAUGCUCCAAUUUCCUUUGAUCACACAAUGUCAUCUCUCUGGACUCCAAAAGUUGUCUUCCCUAUAGUAGUGCCUGCCCUUUGAAAUGAAGUUCUCCAUUAGAUUUGGAUGAAACACAUUCUUUAAUUGUUUAGAAGAACUAUUAAGAGCUGGCUCUUGACCCAGCCAUGCAAGGAAUGUUUGCCACUUUUUUUUAAAGUUUUGUUGUAAAUUACUGAGUAACUUUGGGAAUCAGAGGGUAUGCAAAUUUAAUAAAUAAAAAUAAGACUAUCAUAUAAUCUUCUCUUGAGGCUAUUAGUCACAUUAUUAUGAUCAUAAGUAGCAUGUCUGAAUUUCAAUGAUGGACAUGACCAGAUACAUGUUUUAUGGCUUUUUUGAAAUCAUGAUUUGAAUGCAUUAAACUGGUACACAUUCUAUAAAAUGGAUACUUUAUACUUUUGUAAACAUUAAUUUAUGCUCCAAUUAUCUGAUAAAAUAGAGGAAGACCAUCCUUAAAGUCAAAUGAGGAUACUGUCUUCAUUAUAGUAAAUAAUUUUAAAGGAUAUUUUCAUAUCUUUAAUCAUGAUCAUUAUAAGCUUGGUCUUUAUACUACUGAGUUAUAAACUACAUAAAUAAAACAUGCCUGAAAUAAAUAUUGCCUCUAAAGAGGACAUAUUUAUAAAAGAAAAUAUUUAUAUAAAUAAUAUUGAGCAAUAGCCACAAACAGCAGGCCUGAAUUUUCUGGGGCACUGUGGUGAAAUUGGGAAAUUAGCAGAGCCAAGAAAUAGAAGCUCUUGGUAACUUAUCUUUUAAAUAACAGCUCAUUAGGAGGAAACUAGGAAGAAACAUUUCAUAUUCAAAGAGAUACCACCUUAAUGAGCUGACUAAUGUAUGUGAGGGUUGAUCAUUCACUCCCACUUUUCACAACUGUAUUUUCCCAACAUUCAGAUUACCAUAUUUAAGUCUGUAUAGUUCUUAUGGUAUUGAUCUUGUCCAACUAUGUGGGGCUUCACAAAUAUAUAAAAUUUACAGUAAACAUAAUAAUGUGAGGUGUAAUAAAUUAUCAGUCACAACGUUCAAUUUCUAUGGAACACCAAAAAGUGGGACACAUUAAGCGUUGUGUAUAAACUCGAUUAAAAA